CUGGAAAAUUAUACGAAAGCCCAGAACCACCUUUCCUCUCCAAGAAAUCCAAGCCUACCCAACCCAACCCUAGAAACUUUAAAAGAGAACACGUUUGUUUUUGUUGCUCUCUCUCUCUGAAGCUCGCUCAGUCUUCUUCCCUGUAAUUCCAAUCCAUUCGAACAGUCAUUUUCUUCUGCAACCCCUCGGUUCUAUUGCUUGUGCUUUCUCCUCACCGCCUCAAGAUUUUGGAGGGGCUUCGUUUCAAUUGUUCCAAAAGAUUGUAUAAUUAGUCGAAACCUCGAUGGGUCGGAAGAAGCCGACUACUCGCGACGAAGAGAACCCGCAACCUGCAGGGUCGAAAUCGAAGAAGAAGGCGCUGGUAAUUGAAGAUGAUGAGUAUUCAAUCGGAACUGAGCUGUCCGAGGAGUCUCAAGUCCAAGAAGAGAAAGUUGCUGUUACUGGAAAGAAGGGCAAAAAGGGAAAUUCAAAAGCUUCACAGCGCAGGGAUGAGGACUUAGACGAUGUGGGAAAGGUGGACGAGGGUGAUGAUGAGGUUCCCCAAGUCGCUUUCACUGGAAAGAAGAAGGGAAAGUCCAAGAAGAGUGGUGGGAAUAGUGUGUUUAGCACUUCAAGUUUUGGGUUGCUUGGUGAUGAAGAUGAGGGUGUUGAGGAUGAUGAGAAAUCUGGGUUGACAGGGGACGAGGAGGAGGAUGCUCCGGUGGUGAGUUUUUCGGGCAAGAAGAAGGCUUCUAAAUCGUCAAAGAAAACUGCUGGUAGUCUGUUUACAGGGUCAGCUUUUGAUGUCAUUGGUGAUGAGGGCGAUAGUGAUGGUGAGGUUGUUGAUGAUUCUGAGGAUAAGAGUAAAGAAGAUGAUGAAAAUGAGCCUGUAAUUGCGUUUACGGGGAAGAAGAAGCCGUCCAAGGGUGGAAGGAAGGUGGGGAGUGUGUUUGCAGCAGCUAGCUUCGAUGCCCUCGAUGAUGCGGAUGAGGAUAAGGAUGAAGAGAAAGAUGCGGACGAUGAUGUUCCUCAGAUUACUUUCUCCGGCAAGAAAAAGAAGUCAUCAAAGGCUUCAAAGAAGAGUGGUGGUAAUGCUUUUAGCGCAGCAUUGCUUGACGAGGGAAAUGAUGAAAAUACUUCUGUAUCCGAAUCAACUAGAGUUGGUGAUGACGGAGUUGAGGACGAAGAUGCAUCUGUGAUUGCAUUCACAGGUAAGAAGAAGUCUUCCAAAAAGAAAGGUAAUAGUGUUAUUACUGCAUCGAGUGAAGAAACUAAGGUUGGGGCUGAAAAUACAGAUGUAGUUGAACCAGAACAACCAAGUAAGGAAACUAGUAAAAUUGAAGCUGACGAUGCUAAAGUUAACAAGAGUAAAGAGGUUCCAGAAACUUCAAAAAGUAAGAAAAAGAAGAAGAAAAGUGGAAGGACUGCUCAGGAAGAGGAUGAUUUGGAUAUGAUUCUUGCUGAGCUAGGUGAGGGGUCUUUUGCAUCGAAACCUGCUGCUGCUCCUAUGCAAGAGGAGAAAGUUGAGGUUCAAUCUGAUAUAGUCGCCCCGGUUGAUGGUUCAGGUGAAAAGGAAGGUGAAGAAGAGACUGUGGAGUCUGCUGCUUCGAAGAAGAAGAAAAAGAAGAAGGACAAGGAAAAGGAGAAAAAGGCAGCAGCUGCAGCAGCGGCUGCAGGGACUGCUACUGCUUCUGUGGCCAUUGAGGAUGAAAAACAAGAAGAAAAAAAAAUUGAACCUAAAGAAUCCAAGAAGAAUGAAGUGAAAGGUAAAGCAGCAGACAAGAAAGUGCCAAAGCAUGUUAGGGAGAUGCAAGAGGCCCUUGCGAGGAGGAAGGAGCAGGAAGAGAGGAAGCAAAGGGAAGAAGAGGAGAAACGGAGGAAAGAAGAAGAGGAGAGGCUUAGGCUGGAAGAACUUGAAAGGCAAAAGGAAGAGGCCAGGCGUAAGAAAAAAGAAAGAGAAAAGGAGAAGCUACAAAAGAAGAGACAGGAAGGCAAGCUUUUAAGUUCAAAGCAAAAAGAAGAAGCCCGUCGGCUGGAGGCAAUGAGAAACCAGAUACUUGCUAAUGCAGCUAAUGCAUCAGGGAGUUUGCCUCUCCCUACCACAGACAAUGAGAAAAAAGCUAAACGACCUUUGUAUCAGAAAAAGAAGUCAAAAGCAGUACCCAAUCAUGCAAAUGGUGUGGCUCAUGUGAACCCAGUGGAAAGCAUAGAAGAAGAGGAAAACCAGCAAGACACCGUUCCUGAGCUGUACUCUGUGGAAUUUGACAAGGUUGAAGAGGUAGAAUCAGUGGACCUAGAGGACAAAUCUGAAGUUGCUGAAUCUGUUAAAGAGAAUGGAGUCGAAGAAGAAGAAGAAGAUGAUGAUGAAGAAUGGGAUGCAAAGAGCUGGGAUGAUGCUGUUGUUAACCUUUCUCUUAAAAGUGGAUUUUCUGAUGAAGAGGUUGACUCUGAGCCUGAACCUGUCGUGAAAAAAGACAUAAAGAGUGCAGGUUCCAAGUUGGCAGUUUAUGCCCAGAGAAGCAUUCCUUCUCAACCAAUAAAAUCUCAGGAUGCUGAGAAUAAGAAAAAGCAACCUGAGAUUGAUGCUGAUAGAAGUAGGAAGAAAGAGGCUACUGCUAAAAAAGAAGCACCAAGUUCAGAUUCUGCCACUAAAGAGGGUGAAGAUAACCUUCGUUCUCCUAUUUGCUGUAUUAUGGGCCAUGUUGAUACUGGUAAAACUAAGCUGCUGGAUUGUAUCCGAGGCACAAAUGUUCAGGAAGGUGAGGCUGGAGGUAUUACUGAGAGAACUAAGGAACUGAAAGCUGAUGCAAAGCUGAAGGUCCCAGGUUUAUUGGUAAUUGAUACCCCUGGGCACGAGUCGUUCACUAAUUUGCGGUCACGGGGUUCAGGUUUAUGUGAUAUUGCUAUUUUGGUUGUUGACAUCAUGCAUGGCUUAGAGCCUCAAACAAUAGAGUCACUCAAUCUUUUGAAAAUGAGGAAUACGGAAUUCAUUGUUGCAUUGAACAAGGUGGACAGACUCUAUGGGUGGAAAACCUGCCGCAAUGCACCAAUUGUUAAGACAAUGAAGCAACAAACUAAGGAUGUGCAAAAUGAGUUCAAUAUGAGGCUCGUACAGAUUAUCACUCAAUUCAAGGAGCAGGGGUUAAAUACUGAAUUGUAUUAUAAGAAUAAAGAAAUGGGGGAAACAUACAGUAUUAUACCUACAAGUGCCAUUAGUGGUGAAGGGAUUCCAGAUAUGCUAUUACUGUUGGUUCAAUGGACCCAGAAAACUAUGGUUGAGAAACUUACUUACAGCAAUGAAGUGCAGUGUACGGUUUUGGAGGUUAAAGUUAUUGAAGGCCUUGGGACAACAAUUGAUGUUGUAUUGGUUAAUGGUGUGCUUCAUGAAGGAGAUCAAAUAGUUGUUUGCGGCAUGCAGGGACCUAUUGUUACUUCAAUUCGAGCUUUAUUGACACCACAUCCGAUGAAAGAACUUCGUGUGAAGGGAACUUAUCUGCAUCAUAGUGAAAUUAAGGCUGCACAGGGUAUCAAGAUCACAGCACAGGGUCUUGAACAUGCUAUUGCUGGCACUGCUCUAUAUGUGGUAGGGCCUCGUGAUGACUUGGAAGAGGUGAAGGAAGCAGCUAUGGAAGACAUGAAGUCAGUCUUGAACAGGAUUGACAAGAGUGGGGAGGGAGUUUGUGUACAAGCAUCUACUCUAGGCUCCUUGGAAGCAUUGCUAGAGUUUUUGAAGACCCCAGAAGUUAAUAUUCCUGUUAGUGGUAUUAGCAUAGGCCCCGUACAUAAAAAGGACGUCAUGAAGGCCAGUGUAAUGCUCGAAAAGAAAAAGGAGUAUGCCACCAUCCUGGCAUUUGAUGUCAAAGUGACACCAGAGGCCCGGGAAAUGGCAGAUGAUUUAGGUGUGAAGAUUUUUAUUGCUGAUAUCAUCUAUCACUUAUUCGAUCAAUUUAAGGCCUAUAUUGACAAUCUCAAGGAGGAAAAGAAAAAGGAAUCUGCUGAUGAAGCUGUCUUUCCCUGUGUGCUCAAGAUUUUACCCAACUGUGUUUUCAACAAGAAGGAUCCAAUUGUGUUGGGAGUUGAUGUUCUGGAAGGCAUUGCGAAGGUUGGGACUCCAAUUUGUAUUCCGCAAAGGGAUUUUAUUACUAUUGGGCGAAUUGCAUCCAUUGAAAAUAACCACAAACCUGUUGAUAUAGCAAAGAAGGGGCUGAAGGUAGCCAUUAAGAUAGUUGGGACAAAUUCUGAUGAACAGCAAAAGAUGUUUGGUAGGCAUUUUGAAAUUGAAGAUGAACUUGUCAGUCAUAUCUCAAGGAGGUCGAUUGAUAUACUAAAAGCAAAUUACCGGGAUGAGCUAUCAAUUGACGAAUGGAAGCUGGUUGUGAAAUUGAAGAAACUUUUCGAGAUACCAUGAGUGAAGCUGAUGCGAUACCUGAGCAGUUCUUUUAUAACGACACUUGUGGGCUUUACUGACUUCAGCGGCAAUCAGGAGAUUCCUUGUGGAAAGAUUUUUGAUCUUUAAGCGACACCAAUACAUUUAGGCAUUCAAGUUCAAAUGCCAUAUGUGGAGAGUGGAGAGGGAGCAAAAGUAGUUCCAGCACGCGUUUCCAUGAGGUCCUUUUUCCAGAGUCAAAAGCUGGGCCUGUUCUGAUUUUUUUAUCAUGUUAGGUUACACUACGUUGUUUUGUCCUUGUAGUUUGCACCCGUAUCUUUUUGGAACUCUAGUCUCUAUAGGUUAUAAUACCCACCUUACAAGUCUGUUGAUGGAAAGUGUAUUUUAGGUGCACGUGAGCUCGCUUUCGAAGAGUAACAUAGAAAUUUUCAUGGCAAACCAGCUUAGUUGUGUCCUCUUCAAAACCCUACUGGGCUGGCAGGUAAAACUCGGGAAAGAGCUGAAAAUCGACAGCGAAGAAGCUAGCAAAAUGGCAAGAAAAGCAUCUUAUCCCUUGUUUUGCUGAUGAUAAAAUACAUAUACUUGAAGGAAACCUCAAGAGACAUGACUCUUUUAUUUUUCAUUUUUGCUCUAUCGAUGGCAAACCGUCUUAUGAAAAGUUUUUGGCUGUUUCUA